AUGUCGCCCCCAGCCGACCUUCCGUCCCAGCUCUCAUCCGUCCUCUCUCUCCUCGACGCCUUCAACCAUCGCAAUAAGAACCAACACCGCCGCUCCGCCUGGUGGCAGCAUUUCAAUCUCCUCCGCCGCGCCGUGCGCAAACUCUCGGCCCCUCGCCAUUAUGCCCAAAAGCAGCCUGGAAGAGGGCGAGAUCCCGGAGCGAGCGCAGAUGUAGGCGCAGCUUCGCCGAGCUUCCUUCAUCAUAUAAAAUGGGUUGCAGGGAAUGUCAUCCAUCCUUCAUACAUUGCCUUCACACAACUCGCCGCCGACAACCAGUAUGCUCCCCUAGGACUUGUCCUCCUCGGCAUCCUCGCUCGGUUCAACUCCAUCAUCUCGCCGUUCCUCCCCCCCUCAUCCAAGUCACAACCCCCACCCAUCACCAAUACCGCCGCCGCCGCCGCCGCCACUACCACUACUAUAACUAAGCUUAGCCGCCGACCGCAUUCCUUAGAGUUCUCGGAUAGUCGCGGUAGCCCUUCGGAGCAAGACUUGGGAGUAACGGUGUCAAGAUCGGAGUUCGCGGUUUCUCCUCUCGUCCCUGAUACGGCAGACGCGGGCCGCGAAGAAAAACCGAAGAAGCGUGCCAGAGCCUUGCCAACUGAGGAUCGAACACAUCGAAUCCCGUCCUUAACAUCAGAUACCGGACCCGAGGCAAAAAUACAAAAGCUCAAGAAAAAGAAAGAAAAGAAAAAGAAGAAACAGGCCUCCGGUACGGACCUUAGCGACCUAUUCGACAGCAUCGCAUGA